AUGAUCUGUUCAGUGGAUUUUAAUCCAAAUUUGUCGCAAAGUACACCUGCGUAUGGUAAGUACAUUUUUUCCAACAACUAAGUAAAGUAAAUGACCGGCUUGAGUUUUAGAUAAUGCAGUGAAUAGGAAUGGGUUAAUGUUGUGUUAGAAUAUAUUAUAGUUUGUCAUUAACGAAAUUAUGCUGUUCAUUUCCAGACCCAAUGGACACAAUGAUCAAUAAUGGCCUGUCUGAAGAUGAAAUCAUGGCA